ACUAAACUGAUCAGUGUGAAUAUAUUUCUGCGCAGGCAACAGUUUUAUGAAGAAAAGAUAUCUCUUUAAGUAGAGUGUGUCCUGGUGCUGACUAGUGAGUUUUCCCUCCCUCCUAUAUAAACCCUGUGCUUCCCUUCCUGCUGCAGUCAGUGCUACUCCAACUCAGCCAAGAUGAGUUUCACGGUAGACCACCACAUCUUCGGCCCGACCGCGUACCGCAAGGCUCGGCCUGCCUCCGUGUCCUCCAGCGGGUUUCACUCCCAGCGCCGCCGCCUCACCUACAGCCAGCCGUCCUCUGUCGACAGCAUUGAGACCUUCAACGGAGACAUGUCUCGGAGGAGCGAGAAAGAGAUUCUCCAGGCUCUGAACGACCGGUUCGCCGGCUACAUCGACAAGGUGCGCAACCUGGAAAUGCACAACCGCAACUUGGAAGCAGAAGCGGCAGCGCUGCGUCAGAGCCAGGCUGGCCGCACCGCGAUUGGGGAUCACUACGAGAGAGAGCUGGGCGACCUGAGGGGUCUCCUGCAGCAGCUGACCGGGGAGAAGGCCCGCGCUGCUCUGGAACACGAGCACCUGGAGGAAGACAUCCAGCACCUGCGGGCCAGGCUGGAGGAUGAAGCGCGCAACCGGGAAGAGUUGGAGGCUGCUGCCCGGGCCAUGAAAAAGUAUGUAGAGGAGUGCCGGCUGACACGGCUGGAGCUGGACAAGAAGCUCCGUGCCCUGGAAGAGGAGGCCGUUUUUCUCAAGAAGAACCAUGAGGAAGAGGUUGCCGAGCUCCUCGCCCAGAUUCAGGGGGCUCAGGUGAGCUUUGAUUUGCGGGACACGGUGAAGGCGGACGUCACCAGCGCACUGCGAGAGAUCCGCUCUCAGCUCGACAGUCACGCAUCCAAGAGCUCCACUUACGCCGAGGACUGGUUCAAAGUGCGUAUGGAGCGCCUGUCUGAGGCUGCCAGGUCUAACCAAGAUGCCAUCCGUGGAAGCCAGGAGGAGAUCAUGGACUACCGUCGUCAGCUCCAGAGCCGCACCAUUGAGCUGGAGACUCUUCGGGGAACCAAGGAGUCACUGGAGAGGCAGCGUAUGGAGAGUGAAGACAGACACCAUGACGACCUCAACUCGCUACAGGAGACCAUCAAUCAGCUGGACAACGAGCUGAAAACCACCAAAUGGGAGAUGGCCAGCCAGCUGAAGGACUACCAAGAUUUGCUGAAUGUGAAGAUGGCUCUAGAUAUUGAGAUCGCUGCUUAUAGGAAGCUACUUGAGGGAGAAGAGAACCGCUUUGUGUCAGGAGGAGGCAUGUACUCCUACCUGGAAAGCAGAAUCUCCACUCACUUGAAAGUGAAAAGCGAGGAGAUCUCAGACACAGUCAUCGUGGAGGAACAGACAGAUGAGACCCAGGUGACAGAGGUGACAGAGGAGGCAGAAGAGGAGGAAGAGGAGGAAAAGAAAGAAGAAGAAGAAGAAGCAGCAGUUGAAGAAGAGGAAGCUGAAGAAACCAAAGUAGAGGAGGAGGGAGAAGGUGAGGAAGCAGAGGAAGAUAAGGAAGAGGAAGGAGAGGGAGAGGAAGAGAAGGAGGAAGAAAAGGUAGAGGAGGAAAAGGAGGAGGAAGAGGGUGAGAAGGUAGAAGAAGAGGAGGCCGUUGAGGAAGAAGAGAAGGCCAAAUCUCCAGAAAAGGCUGCAUCUCCUCCUUCAAAAUCUCCUCAACCCAAAUCUCCUCAGCCCAAAUCUCCUGCUGCCAAAUCACCAGAAUCUAAAUCUCCACAAAAAUCACCAGAAUCUAAGUCACCACCAGCCAAAUCCCCGAUGCCCAAAUCACCUGCGAAGUCCCCUGCAGCCAAAUCCCCUGCAGGAGAUGAGUCUAAAUCACCUGCACCCAAGUCACCAGUGUCAAAAUCGCCACCCAGCAAAUCCCCAGAAUCUAAAUCUCCUGCUCCCAAAUCCCCCGAACCAAAGUCUCCUGAAAAAGAGAAGGCCGAGCCUGUCCCUGCCCCUAAAGAGGAGAAAAAGGAGGAGAAGCCUGCCAAAGAGGAAAAGAAGGAGAAGGAGCAACCUGUGAAGGAAGAGAAGAAGGAAGAACCCAAGGAGAAAGAGCCCGAGGCCAAAGCAGAGAAGGCCGACAAGCCUGACGCAAAGAAAGAGAGCAAAGCAGAUGAAGCCCCAAAGAAGGAAGAGCCUUCAAAACCUGCAGCUCCCAGCAAGCCAGCAGAGGACAAACCUGUCCCCAAGUCUGAGCCCAAAGAGAGCGCUCCCCCUGCCAAGGAGGAGAAGCCCUCUGCUCCUGAACCAGAGAAGGCCGCUCCUGAGGCAAAGCCCGCCCCAAAAGCAGAGCCUGAGAAAGCAGAGAGCAAGAAAGAGGAGAAGAAGCCGGAGGUGAAGCCCGCACCUAAAGCUGAACCCGAGAAAGCAGAGAGCAAGAAAGAGGAGAAGAAGCCCGAGGAGAAGAAGGAAGCUAGCAAAGAAGCAGCCGACAGUAAGGACGUGAAGGAAGGAGGAAAGGCAGAGAAAUCUUCCGGCACUGAAUCAAAGGAGAGCAAGGAGGAGAAGUCCAAGAAGUAAGACUGAUGCUUUUCAGGGCACGACGAGGUG